CAGAACUCGCGUGCUCUUCGGCGACUGGCCGCCGAACAUGCCACACUUCACAAUGAUUUACCGCCAAACUACCUAUUUCCCCCAAACGGCGGCGCCGACGAUCUGACCUCCUUGGAUGUCCUACUCGCUGGACCAACGCAUACUCCGUUCGCCGCGGGCCUCUGGAAGCUACAUCUCAACAUUCCUCCAACAUAUCCUCAACAACCACCUACUGCGCAUUUCCGCACGCCCAUAUUUCAUCCCAAUGUUGAUCCGCAAACCGGCGGCGUUUGCGUCGAGACCUUGAAGCGCGACUGGGAUAGUUCGUACACUCUAUCACAUGUUCUGCAAACGAUCAGUUGUCUCCUGAUCCAGCCAAACCCCGAUAGCGCGUUGAAUGCCGAAGCUGGAGCACUGCUUCAGGAAAGCUAUGAUGUUUUCGCUCGGCGGGCCGAGCUCAUGACGAGCAUCAAUGCGACGAUCCCGCAG